AUGCAGCGUUCAUCGAAAGUAAAAAUUCGGGCGCCACGAAAAUUUACUUCAAAUCAAGUAGAUUUUAUAGCUCAUUGGGAUGUUUUGCAUAAUGCUGUGAAAGAUAUUUUCAACAAAAGUACAUCUCAACUCUCCUUCGAGGAGCUUUAUAGAAAUGCUUACACGCUAGUCCUUCACAAGCAUGGAGAGCGACUAUAUAGGAAUGUUAAGGAAGUAUUAAAGACAAGGUUGGAAAAUGAAGUAGCUCCCUCCAUAGCUGGAAGCUUUGGAUCUUUGUUAGAAACUGAAAAUUGGAGCUAUGUUAGAAACAGAGAUGAUUUUUCGCUAUCAAUGAGAAAGCGUGAAGCUGCAAUUUUGUUUUUGUCUAAUCUUGUGAAUGCAUGGAAAGAGCAUCUGGUGUCUAUGCAAAUGAUUUCGAGUGUAUUGAAGUACUUAGACAAAGUUUAUUCAAAAUCUUCAGGUGUUAUGCCUAUAUACGAUUCUGGUUUGAUGAUAUUUCGUGAUUCCGUACUUUUAAGUUCCCUUGAAAUUGGACAGAAAAGCGGAAUUUGUAUUCUUACUCUAGUAUUUUUGGAGCGAAUUGGUGAUUCAAUAAACCGCCCCUUGGUUAAUUCUUGUUUGGAUAUGCUAAACUCUCUUCCAUCUGAAUCUAAGAACGAGUCUUUGUACGAUGUUCUAUUUACUCCAAAAUUCUUAGAGAUGACUCGCAUGUUCUACCAAGGAGAAGCUCAGCAAAAUUUUGAAAUCUAUGAUGUUCUUGAAUAUCUUCAGAAGACCAAUUUAAGAUUGGAAGAAGAAAAAGAAAGAGCUCAAAAGUAUCUGUUCACAAAAGUCUCCUUUGCAUUGCUUUCCGUAGUGGAGAAGGAACUUUUAACAGAGCAAAUAGAUAACUUAUUGGCCAAGCCUAUCUCAGGCUUUUUCGCUAUGCUUGACUCCUAUAACUUAGAAGGGUUAUCUUCUAUUUACAAUAUGUUGUCCAUAGUAGAGUUGGGGAUCCCUUCGAUAAAAAAAUUCUUUGCCGCUUAUAUUUCUGAAAAAGGAAGAUUUAUAAAUGGCUCUUUGGCUUUAAACAAAGAAGAUCCACAGGGGAACUCACAGGUUGCAAAAGUUUCGACUGCUUCUUCAUGGGUGACGAAAGUAUUAGAAUUGUGGGAUAAACUUCGUGAAAUCGUGGUUAGAAGCAUGAAGGAAGACCGAUAUGUAAUGAACUCUCUUUCUGAUUCUUUUUCUAAUUUUAUAAAUGCGUAUUCAAGAGCUCCCGAAUUCACUUCUUUGUUCAUUGAUGAUAAUUUGAAGCGGGAUCUAAAAGGACGAUCUGAAGAAUCCGUGGAGAAGACGUUGCAAAAUUCAGUUGUUCUUUUCCGAUUUUUAUCUGAAAAAGACGUUUUCGAGAAAUACUAUAAAACCCAUUUGGCGAAAAGGCUUUUGAACAAUAGAUCCAUAUCGGAUGAUGCUGAAUUAAGUAUGAUCGGUCGUUUAAAGCAAGAAGCUGGCAAUGUAUUUACUCAAAAAUUGGAGGGAAUGUUCACGGAUAUGCGGUUGUCUAAAGAGUUACUACAUGAAUAUAAAGGGAAUUAUGAUCAAGAAUCUGGAAAGCCUCCGUUUGACCUAAAUGUGUCGGUAUUGGCUUCAUCCUUUUGGCCAAUUGACCUUGUUCCUGAAAAAAUUUCGUGCGAUUUUCCCGAGUAUUUGAAGCCUUCUAUCGACCACUUUUCGAACUUUUACUUUUCAAAACAUACUGGAAGAAAACUGAUAUGGUAUCCCUCAAUGGGAAGUGCUGAUGUUCGGGUGCAGUUUAAAAAACGAAAGCACGACCUUAAUGUGUCAACGAUAGCUGUUGUCAUCCUUUUACAAUUUCAAGCUUUGCCAGGAUCUGAAAGUUUGUCUUACGAAGAUCUACUUCAAAGAACAAAGAUAGAGCCAGGAGAUUUAAAACGCAACCUUCAAAGUCUUGCUUGCGCCAAAUACAAAAUCUUACUGAAGGAGCCAAAGAGUCGAGAUAUAAACGCUGGUGAUCGAUUCAUGUUUAAUGAUAACUUUACGUCGAAUAUGGCGAGACUAAAAAUAUCUACCAUUGCGCAAGUUCGUGUAGAAGACGAUGGUGAACGAAAGCGAACAAUGGAGAAGAUUGAUGAAUCCAGAAAGCACCAAGCGGAUGCCUGUAUAGUCCGAGUGAUGAAGGACCGGAAAACGCUUGAACACAAUCAAUUAGUGGCCGAAGUUACUCGUCAAUUGAGUUCUCGAUUUCAGCCAAAUCCUAUAAUGAUUAAACGUCGGAUCGAAGCUUUGAUUGAACGAGAAUACUUGCAACGAUCUGCAGAUAAUGGUCGAAUUUAUGAAUAUCUUGCAUAA